AUGACUUCGAUUAUUCUCGCUCAUCACGACCGCGACGAAUACUUCCGUCGAGGCUACGAUCUGGUCAAGGAAGGCCAGGAAAAAUUCCCGGGCUGCUUUCAACUACGUACUGCUACCGGCUGGAAGAUCCUAGUUCCCAUUCGAUUCAUAGACGAGCUGCGGAAUAAUCGGUUCUUAAGUUUUGCAAAGGGCAACGACAAAGAUGCUUUCAUCGAUUACCCGGGCUUCGAAGCGAUGGAGGCGGCCUGCCACGACGACUAUUUCAUGCAAGAAGUCGUCCGAGUCAAGCUUACACAAUCCUUGAAUCUCCUGUAUUCGAGUGUCAUCGACGAAUCUGCUGCAACAAUGUCUGAAGUCCUAGGAGAAAGCAAGGAGUGGCGUACGUGCCGCAUCAAGGACCUCGUUAGUCGCAUCGUCGCACGAGUAACGACACGCGUGUUCGUUGGAUUUCCACUAUGUCGCAAUCAGGAAUGGCUGGACCUCGUAGUCAAUCACACAGCUGCAGUGUUCCUGGCUCAGAAAAGGAUGCGGCAGACUCCUCCAGCUUUGCGUCCAUUAGUCCACUGGUUCUUGCCUGAAACGAGGCGUCUACGCCGCGAGCUCCGUGCUGCUCGGGCCCUUAUCACUCCCGAGAUCGCGAGAAGGCGAGCUGCUGUGGAGGAGGCACUGCAGCACGGUAAGAUCCCCAAGGAGUCGGCUGACGCGAUCUCAUGGAUGGUCGAGGUCGCGCAAGCUCAGGGACGGAAGAGUGAUGUGGCCGUUCACUUGGUAUCCCUUAGCAUGACUGCCAUACAGACCACCUCGGAAGUUAUGACGAAUUGCAUAUUACAGCUAUGCGAGACCCCUUCGGUUGUGGCCGACUUGCGGGCAGAAAUCAUCCCUCUCCUCCGAGAAGGCGGCUGGACGAAGCACACGCUAUACAAAAUGAGACUUCUUGAUAGUUUUAUGAAGGAAGUCAUGCGCCACCACGACUUCCUUCGCGUCACCUCGUGGAGGGGAUGCACAGAAGAGGUCACAUUGUCCGAUGGUACCGUGUUCCCCAAAGGGAGCUGUAUCUACUUUGAUGACAGCAACGUUGUCAAUCCGGAAUAUUACCCAGACCCGGAGAAGUUCGAUGCAACCAGGUCCUUGAAGAAACGCGAGCAACCUGGACAGGAAGAGCGUCAUCAAUUCGUAUCCCUACAGACUGACCAUAUGCCUUUCGGCUACGGCACACACGCUUGUCCAGGACGUUUCUUUGCGAAUAUGGAGCUGAAGGUGAUGCUGUGUAAUUUUCUACUCAAGUACGACGUCAGACUCGUGCCUGGCGAGGAACACCGGCCAGCAGAUAUCCUCUUUGAGGUCCAGAGAAUGGUACCGCCCGACUGCCGAGCUCAGAUAAAAGUGCGAGAUGUAGAGCCUGAGGUGGACUUGUACUCCCCGGAGUCGAGCAUUUGA